CCACGCAGUCUGCUCUAGCCUCGCCACACCGGUCCUGUGCAGAGUCCGAUGCAGUUCCCCUCUGGCUAUGGCUUACAUCCUCCAGACUAUAGCGUGCCCUCAGGACACUCUUCACAAGUGCCCGAUAAAGCUGUCUCUCCAUAUUUGAAUAAUCAGUAUAGAGCCAGUUACCACUCUACUUACUAUUCAGCACCAGCACAAAAUGUUCUGGUACCUUCUGUGGGUACCAACAUGUUGAAUGCACAGGAAUCACAGCAAUUACACAACACAACUUCUCCCCAGACAGCAAGGUCAACAGAAGGACUUACUCACGGAGCAAUAUCAUCUGCAUCCUACUUGCAUACCAGUGCUCUACAGUCAUAUUCAGCAUUUGGUGAUCACUACAGCACUUCUGUCAGCUCUUCAGUUGCACCUCAGGGAUUUCCCCUUAAUUCUGAUCAUUACACCAUGCCUGCGGUUUCUAGCGCUAUGUAUCCUAAUGUUUCCUAUUCUUCUGCGGCUACUGACAGUGUAUAUGGGCAAAUACAUACCUCUCGGAGCCUACCUGAUGUUGGACAGUUUAAACAGACAAAUACAUUUUCUAGCCAGAGUACAGCAGUACCUCCUUCACUUCAACAACAUGUUCCCAUGGGAUAUAAUUCAGUGUUGCUGACUAGUUCAUCUGCUCAGUCCGUUCAAGACAGCCUCAGUAGAAGUCUCACUGGAUCGCUGGCUAAAGCAAACAACCAAAUAAAUACAGGUGGCAUUGAUUCUGUACAGCCGGUGCGGUCUGUAAGCCAGAAUGCUCAGUUUACCAAGCCUGGGGAUGGAACAGCUACUUCCUCGAUCUCAUCUGUGAGGACACCUGUUCCAGGCCUUUCUCCAGAGCCAGGGUCUAUGCCCUCGGUUACGCAGGCACCAGAGCCAGCCCUUCAGGAAGGCAUGCAGUAUGGUGGAUAUGUUAAUAAUCAAGCUAGCUCUGCACCAGCUCCCUUGUCAUCAAGUUCAGAUGAUGAGGAAGAGGAUGAGGAGGAUGAGGAAGCAGCGAUUGAUAGUUCCUCUACUACUAGCAGUGCCUCUCCUGUUCUGAACAAUUACGAUGCCCUGGAAGGAGGUGGCUAUCCAGAGACGCGUUCUGUGACCAGCAGCCCAGUUCCUGCCCCUUCAGUUCCCCAAACAUCAAAAACGUCUAAGCCCUUUGGUUAUGGAUAUCCAGCGCUGCAGCCUGGUUACCAAAAUGCAACACCGCCUGCUCCUAUGCAGCCCAGUAAUCCAGGCCACCACCCUGGGUUUCAGCACUAUCCACAGCAAUAUCCAGGUGUGAACCAGGUAUCCUCUUCCUUAGGAGGACUAAGUCUACAGCAUUCUCAGCAGCCAGAAGGCUUGAGACCAGUAAACCUUACACAAGACAGGAAUAUUUUGCCUGUUUCUUCAGUUCCAGCACCUGUGCCUAACUUGAAUUCUGAUCUUAGGAAAUUAAACUGCAGUCCAGACUCAUUUCGAUGUACAUUGACAAAUGUUCCACAGACACAGGCUUUGUUAAACAAAGCUAAGCUUCCUUUGGGUUUGUUGCUACAUCCCUUUAGAGACCUAACGAAAUUACCAGUAAUAACAUCAAGCACAAUAGUGAGAUGCAGAUCCUGCAGGACAUACAUCAACCCUUUUGUUUCUUUCAUUGAUCAAAGGAGGUGGAAAUGCAAUCUAUGCUAUAGAGUUAACGAUGUUCCUGAAGAAUUUAUGUAUAAUCCUCUGACACGAUCUUAUGGAGAGCCUCAUAAACGGCCAGAGGUCCAAAAUUCUACAGUGGAAUUCAUUGCUUCCUCAGACUAUAUGCUUCGUCCUCCUCAGCCUGCAGUAUAUUUAUUUGUUUUAGAUGUGUCUCAUAAUGCAGUGGAGGCUGGAUAUUUGACAAUAGUCUGCCAGUCAUUGCUGGAAAACCUAGACAAGCUGCCUGGAGAUUCAAGAACAAGAAUAGGGUUCAUAACGUUUGACAGCACUGUUCAGUUUUACAACUUGCAGGAAGGUUUAUCUCAGCCUCAAAUGCUGAUUGUCUCAGAUAUUGAUGAUAUUUUCCUGCCCACACCAGAUAGUUUGCUUGUAAAUCUUCAUGAAAGCAAAGAGCUGAUAAAAGAUCUAUUGAGUGCAUUACCAAAUAUGUUCACCAAUACAAGAGAAACACACAGCGCAUUGGGCCCUGCACUUCAGGCUGCAUUUAAACUGAUGUCUCCAACAGGUGGUCGGAUAUCUGUAUUUCAGACUCAGUUACCAUCUUUGGGUGCAGGGCUUUUGCAUUCCAGAGAAGAUCCCAAUCAAAGAUCAAGCACAAAGGUGGUCCAGCAUCUUGGUCCAGCAACAGACUUUUAUAAGAAGUUGGCGUUGGACUGUUCAGGCCAGCAGAUUGCUGUGGAUUUAUUCCUCUUAAGUUCACAAUAUUCUGAUCUAGCUUCCCUUGCUUGCAUGUCCAAAUACUCUGCUGGAUGUAUCUAUUAUUAUCCAUCUUUCCAUCAUAGCCAUAAUCCUGCUCAGGCUGAAAAGUUGCAAAAAGACCUUAAAAGAUACCUUACAAGGAAGAUUGGAUUUGAGGCAGUUAUGCGAAUACGAUGUACAAAAGGUCUUUCGAUACACACUUUUCAUGGGAAUUUUUUUGUACGAUCAACUGAUCUAUUGUCACUUGCCAAUGUCAAUCCUGAUGCUGGAUUUGCUGUACAAAUGUCCAUUGAGGAAAGUCUGACUGACACGUCUUUGGUUUGUUUUCAAACAGCUCUUUUGUAUACUUCUAGCAAAGGUGAACGGCGAAUUCGAGUGCACACGCUUUGCUUGCCCGUAGUCAAUUCACUGGCUGAUGUAUAUGCAGGAGCAGAUGUACAAGCAGUGGUAUGCCUCUUAGCAAACAUGGCUGUGGAUCGCUCAGUUUCAUCUAGUCUUUCAGAUGCAAGAGAUGCCUUAGUUAAUGCUGUGGUAGACUCCUUGUCAGCGUAUAUGUCAACUGCCUCAAAUCUGCAGCAGUCCAUGCUGAUAGCACCAAAUUCCCUCAAGCUGUUUCCAUUGUAUAUUUUGGCUCUUCUCAAACAGAAAGCAUUUAGAACUGGCACUAGUACGCGCUUGGAUGAUCGUGUAUAUGCAAUGUGCCAGAUGAAGAGUCAGCCUCUUGUUUAUCUGAUGAAAAUGAUACAUCCCAACUUGUACAGGAUAGACAAGUUGAUAGAUGAGAGUGCAAUACAUGUAAACGACAAGGUUGUUCCUCAGCCACCUCUUCAGAAGUUAUCUGCAGAGAAGCUGACAAGAGAAGGAGCUUUUCUUAUGGAUUGUGGUUCGAUAUUUUAUAUUUGGGUUGGAAAAAACUGUGAUAACUUCAUAAAAGACGUUCUUGGAUACCCAAACUAUGCAUCAGUACCACAGAAGAUGACACAGCUUCCUGAGGUAGAUGCGCUUUCUUCAGAAAGGACACGGUCUUUUAUAUCCUGGCUUAGAGACAGUAGACCUUUAAGUCCAGUUCUUCAAGUAAUAAAAGAUGAGAAUCCUGCCAAAACAGAUUUUUUUCAGCAUUUAAUUGAAGAUCGGACAGAAGCAGCUUUCUCUUAUUUUGAAUUCUUACUGCAUGUUCAACAGCAGAUUUGUAAGUGAAGGAGGAAUAAACCAGAAGAAAAAUUCUGACCUCAGAUAGAAGCAUUGGCUGAGAGAGAAGCACGUUGGAAGUUACAAAAGUGGGUGUUUGUUCUUCACAAUAUAUAGUGACCAACACUGUUGCAGAAGCUUUACAGCUAAUGGAAAAGCAUACAUUUCCAGUGGAAUUUUGCAGAUUUGCUUCAGUCUAAAAGUGAUAGGAGUGAGGAAGCUGUUUCACUAGUAAACUUUAAAUUGGUUUAUACACGUUUCCAGUAGUGCAGCGGUAUGGUGCUCUGUUUAUUGCAAGCUGGUGAAUUUAUGUAGCUAUGUGGGAUGAUAUUUCUUAAUGAAAUGUACAAUUAGAUAAAGCCUUUUUUCUUACAUUUAUUAUGGUAGCCCUUCCAUGUUCGAACUCCGUCAGAGAUGUCAAAGGGCAGUGCUGUAUGUUGAUUUAUAUGAAUUUCUUUUUAAAAGAAAUGAUUCAUAUUUACUAAAGACUUCAACAAAUUCCCUGUGAAAGUUGUAGAGUUUCAGUAAAGUACAUGAACUGUAGAAAUAAAAUCUAUAAUGUACAUAAGUGUUACAUUUGUAAAGAAAAUGUAAAAAUGUAACUAAAAAAAGACAUAGCUCAAUGUGCAGAAUUGUUGAGUGCAAAACGAUGAAUUGUUUUGUCCCAAGUUAGAUAAUGAAGUUGACUAUUAAAAAAUACUAAAAAGUAAGAAUCCCUGCAGAAAUAACACAGCUUCUUGUUCUGUUAAUUUUUAGGUGAAUUUAUUUAAGAUUGGCUUACUAAUUAAAAAUAUUUUGCUUUAUCAUGUGUUUUUAUAUUUAUGCAAGUACAAUGUUUUAGUUUUUAUGAUUGAACUCCUACUGAACUGAACACUGAAGAGAACAUGUUUACCACUUUAUUUCACAGACCUCUGGAAGGGAGGAGAAAACAUUUCAUAACAUGAACUAUUGAAAUAAUAGUUAAGUUCCUAAAACCCUUCUUAUGUAUUUUCAUAAAGAAGACAUAUCUGUUAACCUUGUUUUACAUUUUGUAAUGUACUAUAGUCUUGGUCCCACUUUCUGUAACUUGUUUGGCAUUUAGAGUAAGCAUGGGUAAUCACUGAAUUGGACAUGUGAUUUUAAAAAAAAAAUGUUCUGCUGUGGUUUUAAAAAAAAAAAAAAAAGGUAUAAAAGUGAAUUACCUUGCAACAAUGAAGGGAAACGCUGUAAAAUCUCAAAUUUCAAGAUGUAAUCACACCACUGUGUCUUUCCAAAAGCUUGUUCUUGCUAGUGGUUUUUUGCAACUUAGUGGUUUGGGUUUUUGAAUAGAUUUAUCCCAGAUUUUUAAAUUUAGUUGUUAAGGAGAAGUUGGGGUGGUUUUUUUUUUUUUUUUUUCUUUAGAGGCCUGUUUGAAAUAAUUCAAAAGCAUAGUCAGUCAUUCGUCAUAUUCUGAACUUUGUCAUUUGUUUAGUUUAAUCAAGUGUGGCUAUAAUGAAAUAAUUACCAAAAAGUAAAUGGUAAUUAGUAUUAUUACAUUUUAUUUUAAAGCAGUCUUUUAAGAUAUUAAUAUGUAAAAGUUGGAUUUUAACUGCCAUAUCCCCUGAAAAUGGUACUUAAAUAAUCAAGAGAAAAUAUACUGCUGUGGUUUGCAAGUGUUCUAAAAGCUGCACUAAUUUAAUUGUGAAAUCAGUGUUACUCUGCAUGUUAGCACCAAAUCACUGUUUGGGGAAAAUACCUUAUAAUUUAAAUUUGUCUUGUCCUUAACUAAGUGUUUUUAAGUUACCCAAAGAUUAAUUUGGAAAAAUUUCCAUUUAGUAAUUUAAUUUAUCAUGUAAUAAAUACCCAUGGAGAUGCUAGAUGCUGAAUGUCCCAAUAUCAGACCAACAGGAUUGUAACUCUGUUACUCCUCUUAGGUGACUUCACAUAUGAGUGAAAGCUAGGUGCUACUGAAGAGUCAAGAAUCUUAGAAAUGAUUUGGAAUUGCAAAGAUCAGAAGUGUGUGUUCUUUUUUUUUUAAUUUUAAAGCUUCAGGUUGCACGCUUCUGACUUCUGAGCUUGGUGUGGAAUAACUAGGAACAUGCUAUGCCAUGAUUAAUGACAAUGUAUUCUGUACAAAGCUUUACUUAAAGUUUUAUUCUUCUGUAGUUUUUAUAUAUGAAAAUUAUGAAAAGCACAUCUGAGAUCUAUUUGUUUAGUAAAAGCAAUACACAGUGUAGAGAAUUUAGUUACCUUUUUACUAGUUAUAAAGCACAUUUCCUUUCUGACUAAACUUUGUUUUAAAUAUUAAAAAGAUAAUCUCCUGUAGAAGUAUUUUGAAGUUGCAAUUUAGGAUUGAGAAUAUCUAUUAAUUUUAGAGAUUUGAAUAGCAGAAUACCUGUAGGCAUGGCAAGAGUAUCCAAAAGAAGAUUUUUACCUGUGAUGGUUUGGAUCAAAGUCCUGUACCAGAAGACGCAUGCCAAAAGCUGAAUCCGUAUCAAAGGAUGGGCAGUGAAACUUAGUAAGUUUCUACCUGCUGAGUAACUUUUAGGGGAAUAGGUAAGGGUCCAGCUUUCACAUCCUUUCUUAAAGGAACUGCUGAACUGUGGAAAUAAGUUCUUUACCUAUUUUAGGGAUUGAAAUUUUCCCAGGGUGCUUUCGACUCUGCAUAUUGUGAGUCAUGUUUAUUUCUGAGAAGUUCAAGAUUUGCUGGGGAAAAUAGUUAACUGGGGCUGGUGAACAAGUCUUUUGGAGAUCAGCCUGAAUUCUCGGCAUUUUUACUGACUCUUGGCAUCCCUUUCCAUUUCCUAGUUUGAAAAGCAAUGUCUUGGGUCUCUUUAUCAGUGGAGUAAUGUGUGAGUUCCAGUUUGAGAAAUGAUAGUCGGAGAAGCGCUUACAAUGGUAAGAGACAUGAUGUAGCUCUCAAUUAUUUUUAAACCCAAUUUCUGUAUUACAUUCUAAGGCUUACUGGAGUUAAGCUAUAUUCAUCAAUCUUGACAUAGAGCUUCUGAGUUCAGGUAGGAUGGAGCCUUGCAAAUGCUUAGUGGUCAGGUUUAGUAAUAGUGAUUCAAACCAGAUGAAGGUUUGGAAACAUAAAGCAUUUAUUCACUCUUAGCUCUCUCUCGCUCAUGUACCGGAUUCUCAUCUCUUUACCAGAUUCUUUAAUUCUGAAGUAGAUUAGAUGUCUCUGUAAAUAAAUAGCACAGACUGUUAAUUCACAUUCAACAAAGUCCCUUUUAAAAAUGGGUAGUUGGGUAUGGCAGGAAUUGGAAACAUGCGGCAUAGGUACCAGACACCCCAAGGUGAAUAGCGUGAAGCAGGACAGGAGCUGAGAGUGGAUUUAAACUUUAGCUAGUUUUAUAUUGAAAUCUAUUCUUAGUCUUGAGAAGAGGUAGCAGACAGCCGCUUUCAGAGGCAUCAUCUUGCUGCUGCUGAAUUUCUAACAACAGACUUAACUGUAUUUUUUUUAUUCCCCGUUCAAAAGUUGUGCAGCCACACAAUAGGUUGUUGAUCCCUAGCAGAGAUUUUGAGCAUAAAUGAGGUAGAGUACAAUCACUGCUUCAGAAUCGCAAAGGUUACGUUCCAGCUAGAAGAUUGUAGUAGUGAAAAGCCUAUUGGAGCCUAGAUAAUCUUGAGAUUUAGCAUAAUACUUUUUUUGGUACAGUUGCACAGAAAUUUAAAUAUUCUAGGAGAAAAAUACAACUGCAAUGACUUACUGAUAUCUUUCUUUACCUAUCUCUCAGUCCCUAAAAUUAAAAAGAGCAGAUGUCUAGCAGCCUUGCUUGCAUUUAGUUACAUUGAUACUGUGGCGUCAUAUUCAAAUGCAGGAAUUUGGCAAGUGUGAUUAUGACUAUAGCAAGUUACUGAAAUUUGCAGGCUGUCUCUUGAGCAUAUUUUGUAUUUCCUUGUGAGCUACUGAUGAUUCUUUUUCAUGCCAAACCCAAAAGAAUCCUAUGGGGUUGAAUGUAGCAAGUGAAUUAUCACAUGAUUAGGAUUAGUUAAAAGGGAUUAUUACAAGAACAAUGAAAAUUAAAAUAACCACGUUAUAGGUGAUUUUUUCAAUUUAUCCUUCAAUCUUGAGUUCUUACUGAUUUCCACUUGCAGGGCCUUUGCUGUCUUUUUCCUUUAUAGUUUUGAUAACUAGUAAACAUGAAAUACUUCCUCCCCCUUCCUUCCCCCCAAUGUUUUCCUUGAGGUCCUUAGCAAAAAUUAUACCUUUUCUAGAAGGUGCCUAAUUAGGAGCAUCAAAUAUGCACAAGGUUUGAGUAGUUGGACACUCCUACAGAAAAUGAGGAGAUGAGAGAACUUAUCAAUAUUUCAGAACAUGUAAAAACUUCCCCUUUUCCACACAGAUUUUUACUGUGUUCUUCUUGCAACUGUUUACCUUUCUAAACUUCUGUUGUAUAUUUGCUCAUAAGUUCACAUGUUUGGUUUGUAACAUUGGGUAUUUGAUUUUCAGAUGUUGAGGGUACAUCUACAGGGACAUUAGCAAAUACAGAUCUCAUCUUACACCCUUAAUCAUGUUACCAUUAAAAGAAAAAUGACAGUUUAAAGAAGGAUGAGAGUGUUUCCAAUUGGACAGGAGUGGAUUCUUUCUCUUUGCUACUGUUUGGCUAGCAAGUAAUAUUUAUUUAUCUUUAGCUAUUUGCAACAUGGGUAUGAAGUCUCCCUUUGUGAGGCUUUGAGAUUCUUGAGUGAAGCUUCUCGACUAGGAGGAAGAGUCAGCAAUGAUUAAUCAUUUCAGUAAUAGGCUAGCCUUAGAAAAUAUCCUUUGCACAAACUACUUGAAAAGAUGUUAAAAUCCUGUGUUAAUGUUAAAACAUCAGUGGGGGAAAAAAAUCACAUUUAGGAAAAUACUAACUUUUGUUUAAAUACUACUUUAGAUAUGAUGCUUGCCAAGAAGAAAACAUUAUUUCAAAAAAUUCUGCAGGCUGUACAUCCCAACUUUUAUGAAUAAAAAGUGUUAUUAAGAAUUACCUGACCAGGCAGAGAAAAAAGCAGAAUAAAACAUGUAUUAAUCAUCUGUAGUUGAGGAAUUCUCUUUCUAUUCUCUUUCUACUCUUGUUGCUGUGGCAACUGAAUACACUGACUUGAUAAUCUAAAGUAAAGCUUACAAGAAGCCAGGCAUAACACUGGUAUGCAUUCUGGAUGUCCAACAGGGCUGCUAAGUGUAGGCAUAGCUGUUGACCGCCUGCCCAGAUGUUUGAGUUCUAAGCAUUUGUUGUGCUGUAGCUGUAUUUCUAAGUGCCUUGUGUGCUUACUCAAAAAAAAAAAAAAAAAAAGUGUAAUUUGAGUUUCCAAACUCCCCCCCUUCCCCAAAUCCAAACUAUUGCUUCUAAUUACCAAGAAUACUUUCUUCACAACAAAAGCCUAAUUUGUUCUUAGAGAACAAGUAUGCACAAUUUCAACCUCCAGAACAUGUAUUUUGAAAGUUUAAGGUCCUGGAAAAAGAAAGAGAAGUGCCUCUUUGGGCAUGAUUGUGGCAUCUAAUGAUGUGGAUGAAUUGGUUUGGCAUGAGGAACAGAAAGCUGUUGAGAACAGCAGUUCUCAAGAGACCCUUCAACUGGUUCAUCACUGUCAAACUGCAGCUAGAUCACCGAAGGGUAGUGCUGAUCCACCUGCUCAGACUUCUUGUCUCUAGAAGUGACUGAUAUCAGAUGGUUCAAGGCCAAAUGCAAGAAGACUGUAGUGUGCAGGAUAACCCACUCUGAUUUUCUUGUCUUGCAUGUGUAGAGAUCAGCUUAAACCUUAACACAUGAAACUUCUUAGCCUUGUCAGUGUUUUUGCUAAUGAGACUAACAGAAUAUUGUUGACCUUGAGUUGAAUCACUUCUUGUAGUUAGAUUGUGAAACAUUACAUGUGGGAAAAAAAAUGAUGAUAUUUCUUAUUUCUGAAAGCUAUGGAAUGUUCUGUAGCUUAUUGCAGCGUGAGCUGGGGAGAACAGAAGGGACUAAACUGAUCUUGUACCUUUUUUUUUUUUUUAUAGACUCUUAAUUUGUUUUGUAAGGCAAAAGUGUUUUCAGGGCUUUUCAAUCCCUUCAGUUUAUCUGUAAGCUAAAACUUUCGAUCAUUCUCAUUGUUCUUGAUACUGCCUCCCCCAGGACAGUGCUUGACAUAGGGCAGCUGGUACUAUACGAUGCAUUGCAAAUACAUACAUAAAGGUGGGAUAUCACCAGCCUUUUCUGUAUUCUACUCUUCAUCCUCAUUUCUUGUUACAGUGAACUUUAUCUAUGAUAAUACCCAGGUCUCUGAAUAAGUUAUGUUACACAAAAAUAAGUUUUGUUCUGUCACAGUCUGGAGAAGAUUUUAAAAAACAAAAUCCUUCAAUUAUCUUCCCUCCUCAGUGGCAAAUUCUUAGGUAGCAGGAACAAUCUUUUGGCUCCUUAAACCAUUACUUUGGUAAGAGGGCAGGACUUCCCCUAAGAAAUGACAUCUUGCAGAAACUGUGCACGCUGUAGAAAAAAACUUAGGACUUACCAAAUAACAGUUAGGACUCUUAGGAAUAUCAUUCAACUUUAACUUGUGAAUGAAUCAAAUGUAAAUGAAUCAAGUUGGUCUUAGAAGCCAGACUUUUCUCCAACAAGUGCCCGUGCUCCUGGCAGUACUUCAGCCUUAGCCUAAAGCAAUAGCAGAGCAGACAAUGUAUUAUCACCUCAAAGAAAGAGAAAGGUAUUGGCACCAAUAAACAACGUCAACCCAAAAACUAACGUUGGCACAACACACUUGCACGAACAUGUAGUUUGCAGAACAGGUGAAUGGAGUAUAAUAGCUCCUGAAUGAGCUUGGUUGGAGUGAGUGCUCUGUCCCUCUGAAUGUUUUUAUAAAACAGGAUGUCAGUGAUAUUUAGAAUAAAAAUGAUUCCAGCUGCUA